UGAAAGUUUUAUUUCGUUAUUAUAAUUAUUGUUAAUUUAAAUAUACAUUAAAACGUAAUUUAUUUAAAGCAGUAACGCCUCGAAUUUCGCUUUCGUCCUUCAUUAAAAUUGGUUCGCGAAAAAUUGCAGGCAGCCAUGUAAUUAGGAAAAUUACAUUCAUUAUGUAAUACGGCUAUCUGAGUAGUUUUAGCGCCGGCACACGUUAUACUAGAAUUAUCGAGAGCAGUGCUUAAAUGCGAAAUUUAAUAAGGGUUCAAAUCGAAGUAAACUGCAAAGGAACAAGGAUUAGAAAGUAUCGCCUACCUACAUUUAUUAGGUAACAUAAUUUUACAUUGGUUAAAAUUGCAACAGAGUAAGUGUUUAAUGGUAAAUGACAACACUAAAAACUUGUAAUUGGUAAUUAAAGGUCUAUUUAAUUGUGUAAUUACUGUAUUCGACUCGAAUUUCGAUGUACCUAGUUGACAGAGAUCACCACUUAACCAUGGCGAGCCAAGUAGGGUACGUGCUCGAGCAAUUUAUUAAUAUUGACCAGUGUCAAAAAAUCAAUGUUGUAAUAAGUUGUUAUUGCGCUAACGCUGAUUUAUAUGCGUUGAACGUAGUGAGGCUUGUCCUACUGUCUCAAUUCCCAAUUUUCUCCAGACAACGCGUCCCAAUUCAAAUUUUGUUGGUCCAGAUGACAAUUUGGGGAGGGGGAGGGGGUCCACAUGGUCUUGCUAUCAGCUGAAGUGGUUAAUUGGAUUACCCUCCUUGACCCCUUUCAUUUUUCUUCGUCUAAACUCGCUUUAACAUUCGCCAUCUUUACCGAAAGCAAGCGACCUACAUAUAGACGUUAGAAACCAGAGGAAUUUUAAAAUUCACCGCAUUCACUCUUAAGCCAGCCAGCUGAGUGAAAGAUGCGACAGUUUUGGAAUGUUAUUGGAAUCCUCUUAGUGUUGCAUUUUGCCGAGAGCAGGAUUAUCAUAAAGAGGCAAAUCGAUAAUACCGACGCAGCGAUCGAUCCCAUACAGGAAAUUUCUUACGAUGUUGAUGAUCGAGAUAAAAGAGGAGUAGCAGCGGCAACCGAUGGCAAAUAUGCGAUCAAAAACGCUCUACUGGGCUUCGUCUUUAACAAAAUCAACAAAUUUAUCGAUAAGAAAACUGCGUGGGUGAUCCAGUUGGAUAAGACCAAUGUUGCAAAAAAUGCGGCAGCUGGAAUUUUACCACCCCAAGAUUCGGUUGCCACACUAACCGGAGCAAUCACGGGAGUAAUAGGGCAGAAGUUGCAAGCGGCUACUCCACUUAUUACGCUUGUAACGAGCAAAAUUACAAGCGGUAGUUUGGGGUCGAGUUCGGGCGGCGGCGGCGGUUUUAAUUUGGGUAGUUUAUUCGGGGGUGGAGGCGGUGGCGCUACUGCAAAUGUGGGUGUGAAAGUGUCAAUAGCCGAUGAUGAUGAUGGUGGCUAUACUCGUUAAAUUCGUUCUGCAACUUGCAAGUCUUGCCCUAUACUCAUUAAAUCCAUUUUGUUGUUAUCUCCACACAUCAACCCAUUUGCAGUAUGUAUAUAUUUCAUGACUGUCUUUAGCUUUACUCUAUGUAAAUUAUGUACAGUAAUUUAUGUAUGUUAACUUGUUAUUAAAACUGAAUAAAUUUUUUUUGUAUUU